AAGCCACACCCCCUCACAUAAAAAAGCACAUUGAUUUCCUCAUCUUAAUUUCCUCUUUGGUUCUAGUUUGAUUCAGUACUACAAUGGUACAUAUAAUAAUUUCAGUGCUGUUGAUCUGUGGCACAGGUUUUCUCGCAGCUAAAGCAUCUCAGUCAACCAAUAUCACAGCUCGGCCAGGAGAUAACGUGACUAUUUGGUGUCAACACACUUCAGAAAUUGGAAACAAUAUACAUUGGUUCAAACAAUCGAACAGUGCUGUUCCUCUUAGCAUUGUAUACAUGAUGUUACCCUACGAGCUUGAAGUAAAGGCAACAUAUUUAAAUGGUUUUCAACCAGAUCGUCUUGUGAUGUCUCUGAACAGCAAAAACACAUCCCUAAGAAUUUCAAAUGUGGAUAUUUCUGAUUCUGGUCUGUACUACUGUGGUUGGCAAAAGUGGGUGAUGACAUUUGGCGAUGGAACACACCUAGACAUUAAAGACAGGGGUAUUACACCACUGCAAUAUCCAACAGAAAUUACAAAUAAAGAUCUGAAAAAGAGCCCGAUUUCUACAAGCGACUGUUCUGAAAACAUCUUUUAUAAGCUGACCUUUAUUUUUGGUGGUAUUAUAGUUAUUCUCCUCAUCAUUCUGCUCUCCACGCUCAUCAUUAAGAUACAGGACAGAAAUAAGCAGGGAAAAGUUUCCAUUUCUGUUGCCGCAGAUGCUGGUCACCACGAAACACAACCUCAUGAGGAACCUCAUUCAUCUGUGUAUGCCGCUCUGCAAUUCUCCAAACACAAAUCCAGAAGAGCAGCCAGAAAUACAGAGGAUACAGAUGUUGUGUAUUCUGCUCCUAGAUAGUCCAACAGUGGCACACAAUCAAAUACUGUAGCCUACUCUAAUGUUUAAAAGCCAUAUGCUCAUCAUCAAGACUCUAAUAUUUUAACGCUAUUACUAAUGCCUUACAUUUAAAGUGUAUGUGAGCUCUGCAAUGUUCAGUAUUUUCAAUGCAAUAAAAGUUCUAAAGAUCAAAUGCA